UUUGUCUCAUAAUGAAUAACACUACAAGCCUGUUGGACAAUUCAAACUGCAGCAAGAAUGACAUGUUCAAGUACCCCCUGUACAGCACAGUCUUCAGCAUUGUGUUUGUGGUCGGACUCAUCACAAAUGUGGUGGCCCUUUACAUAUUCACAUGCUCUCUAAAAUUAAGGAACGAGACCACCACAUACAUGAUGAACCUGGUGGUGUCUGACUUGCUGUUUGUCUUCACUCUGCCUCUGAGGGUCUUCUACUUCAUCAACAAGAACUGGCCCUUCGGGGGGAUUUUCUGCCAGAUCUCCGUCUCGCUUUUUUACACCAACAUGUACGGCAGCAUGCUCUUUCUCACAUGCAUCAGCGUGGACCGCUUCCUGGCCAUCGUGCACCCCUUUCGCUCGAGGAUGCUCAGGACCAAACGCAACGCCAGGAUAGUGUGCGCUGCCGUGUGGGUCCUGGUACUUUCAGGAAGCCUCCCUACUGGGUUUCUGCUAAAUAGUACCACAAAGGACACUCAUGGGAACACUUUCUGCUUUGAGAACUUUUCAUCCAAUACCUGGAAAUCCCACCUGUCUAAAGUGGUGAUCUUUAUAGAGACAGUUGGUUUCCUGAUUCCUCUUCUACUCAACGUUUGUUGCUCUAUCAUGGUGUUACAGACGCUGCGGCGCCCUCAGACUGUGAGUCGAGGGGGAAAGGUGAACAAAACCAAGAUCCUGCGGAUGAUAAUCGUGCACUUGUGCAUUUUUUGCUUUUGCUUCAUCCCCUAUAAUGUCAACCUGGUGUUUUAUGCUCUGGUCCGCACCAAAACCAUAAAGGGAUGCUUUACUGAGUCUGUAGUUCGAACAAUCUACCCGAUAGCCCUUUGCAUUGCUGUGUCCAACUGUUGCUUUGAUCCCAUCGUGUACUACUUCACCUCAGAGACAAUCCAGAACUCCUUCAAGAAGACGUCUCAGGCCUCCCGUUCGUUUGAUGUCAAGUUCUCUGAGGCCAUGCAGUCUGAGAGCGGCCCCAGUUUGCAAUGGAGCCUAAAGAAUCUGAGAGCGAAGGUCUUCCACAGCGAGUCUUCUGUCUGAAAAUUCUCAGUUACCUUUCUUAGGAGAGUUUUUCCUAUUUUGGACUUCAUCUCAGGGCAAAUUCUUUAAACUAUGGAUUUAACAACCUCUGCUUUGCAGUAUUACCACUUGACCUUACUCUCACAUGCGAGGAUUUCUUACAACUACUUACACAUUUCUGUUUCCUGUGGAUUAUACUGUAAUUGUGUUUGACACAGUUUCUCAGCCUGUGAUGCAUUAGGGGAAUAUGAUCACCGAACUGCACAAUUUUGAUAUUAACAUAUUAAUGUACCUGUAUUGCUGUAUAUAUGUAUGGUAUAUUGUGGUGCUAACUUUAGAAUGUUAUCUAUUAAGUUAACAAAGAGCUAAGCUAUAUGUACAGGGCUUUUUGUAUGUUAGGUAUUAAAAGUCAUUCUGUAAUUCACUUUUGUGAAUGUGUCAUUUUUUUAAAUUGUGAAUUACAGAAUGGAAAGGCAGCCUUGAUGUUGUUCUGGGAACAUUUCAUUGUAGUCUUAUGAAUGCACUGACAGACUUCCUCAUACUGCACUCACGCUAUUGUCAUGAAUAAAAGCCAUGUGCUGCCUCAUGCAAAAAACUGCACUUUGAAACUUUUUCUUUUAAAUAUGAAAGAUCUGUUUUUCUGUCAUUUAUCAUGCUGUCAUACAUCUUUAAACAGAAACUUUUAGAAUUAUAACUUGGUCACAUUUUUUGAAAUACUGGUUCACUGUAACACUCUUUCUAAUUUUGAACUAAAUGUGGGAAGCUUGCAGUACUUUAAGCCAAUAAAAAAGUGAGCUUGCAUAAUUUAACACCAAAUGCUAAAAUUUUGAGACAUCUAAAUCUUUAACUAAGUUGUUUUUUAUUGCUCAUUGAUUAAAUCAUAUCUGUAUUUUCUGUCUUUUUGUGGAAGAUCUAAAGAUUAAAGUGCAUUCUCACUCCAUUUAAACUGCACUGUUAGAAAUGAAACGCAACAAAAAUUAUGUGCAUAGUUUGUGAUACAAUUCAUUGGUCAGAACAUACUUUUUUUAUAUAUUUCUGCAAUGUAUUUCAGUCUGAAGGUGUAUAAACUAUGUUGUUUUGGAAAAGAAAAUAGUAUGAAAGUAUGACCACGAUGUAUCAAAUGCAGCAUAAAGAGAUUGAGAAAUUCAAGUGUUGCUUAAAAUAAUAUUAGGUAAGCCUUGAAGUUGCAAUUUAUUCCAAACUGCUCAAAUCGAAAUGGUCACAAUAAAAUGAAACAUGAAAAGGGAUGCUUUAAAAAAAACAGAAGCCUUGAACAUCAUACAUCAAAUAGUUGCUGAAAAUUAUUUAAUGGUAAUAAACACUGGUGUGAGAAUGUACGUGUAAUUAAUUCUGCAUUCAGAAAUAUUUGAGGUGUUUUUAAGGGAAAUUCUUAUAACUAUGUGACUAUAAUUGUCUGAAAUAUCACAAAUAUGAUGAUAACACAAAUAUGAGAAAUCCAGCUGACAUUUCCAAAAAUAAAUAUAAGAUUUAUAAUUAUUUUCUCUUAAUAUGCAGCACAGAGUUAAGAGCUUAGAAUCUCUUUUCUUUUUCCUGUACAAUGUAAAGAAGUGAAAGCUAUGAGUUAGGAUGUGUUUCACUUCUCCAAGGACUUCUGUGUGUGGCCUACGAAAACAAAAGAUGCAUACGUAAUUGUUGCUCACUGACAUUUAGAGAUUCUCCACAGUUUUAGGUCAUCAACACGUGAAUUCACAUCUGUGGUGCUGUGACCACAAGUAGGAGAAAUCAUCUUAGUAAAAACAUUGAAGCAACGUGGGUUGAUCAGAGAAAGGACUGUUUCUUUUAAACCUACAUUGGAAUUUCAUUUUAUCUGCUGUAACACUUUGUCUUCCCUUCCCUCACAAGGACAUAGAUUUUUUUUUUUUUUGGUGUUUUUUUUGGCUAAUGAGUCUGUCGGCUUCCACCAAAAACCUUUGGUGGAGCUUUUUAACAAUACGGGUGAAAGUUUAUAUAAUAGAAACUGAUGGUUUGCAUUUAGACUGAACCAGUUGGACACCCCAUGCAUAAAGCAAUCCAUGUAGGAUACAGAAUUUUUCAUGCAGGAAGUAUACAUCAUAAAAACUUCAUAAUAUAGUUAGAUCUGCUAAAAAUGGUUACUGAAUAAGGAACUAAGCAUAAUCUUAUGUAUUUAGACCCAUAAAAUAAACCUAGAUUUUCUAUUGUACAUGUACUGUUAUCAGUUAGAAUUUAUUUUAGCAGACAUUUAGUUUUUAAAAAUAAUCUUUUUUUUUCUAAAAGAAGUUUAAAUUAUCUGACAAAGAAGUACUUUGGUAAAGAGGUGAAGGUCUCAGACUUAUAUUCUAAAAAAAAACCAAAACACUAUGCUCUUGGCUUGAAUGGAUUUUAAAGAACAAUUAUAAAAGGUAAAUUUAAGAUUAUUAUUAUAUAUUUCUGAUUUAAAAGUAUGUGCUAUAUAUCAUCAUAAAGUUCUCAUGCAGUUUAAUAGUUAUGCCAACUGGAAAUGAUUGAAAUAUAAAAAAAUUCUCCUUUAGAUCUCAGUUUUCUGAUGUAAUUUUGGAUUCUUUUUGCACUUCCAUGCAAGGCCGGCUUUCUGUUGAAUAGCUUUUACAUAUUUUCACAGAGCUGACUUGACUGAAAAUUUUGUGCAUAAAUAAAAAUGAGGAACUAUUAUUUAAGUAUUAUUUAUUCAGUGACAAAAGUCACACUUUGCAUGUUGCUAUUGCAUGUGUGAGUGCUAUGAAAUGUUUUGGACUUCAGCAAGCACUUUCAGCACAAUCGCUUGCACGCUUUAAGGAUGACAGUCAUUCACAGGCCCCAUGUGACUCAAACCCACUGUUGUGCAUAAAAAUAAACUGAUAGAAACCAUAUUUACCACACAGAAAAAUAUGGUUAUGUUUGGGUUCAGCACUUUGAACCUGAAAAGAUAGAAGCUGAUAUGAUUCAUUUUAACUCUAAAAGAAAAAUAAAAUACCUGCAAGUCACGAAGAACCACUGAAGCAGAGCAUGCAUGUGGAAAUCUCAAACUAAAAUCUUGCAGAAUUAGAUCCUGUUGUCACAGGAAAUAAUGUGCUGUGAAGCCAAAGCACCAGGAAACCACUAACAGAACGACAUGCUGCUAAAACCUUACUGGCAAUUCCUAAAGAUCAGGCAGAGACACUGUAUUUAUACCUGGACCAAAAUUCAACACAAUCAAGAACACUGUUUCGAAAACAAACAGCUUUCUGGCUAAAAGCUAGCAUCAUCCCUGGCAAGGGCCAAACGUCUGGUUCUGUGUUUACAGUAUACAAUCUGAUCACCAGGUGUUGAUGACUGUUAAUGUCACUGCAAAAAAUGAAGGCAGGAACAGGAGCGGAUAAACAAAGGAAAUCACAACUCCAAGCCACUUUAGAUAAAUGAUAUAAGCCUUUUCACUCACUCAGCACCAAGAGAGACAAUACAAAGUGAUAUUGUCUUAAUAGUUCUGAUUUACUGAUUUGGUGAGGCAAGCAUUGAGGUACUGUUCAUGUUAGAGGCAGAGACCUGCAUGCUCUGCAUUCACAGCCAGUAUGUUAUCAAUUUGACCUUUCCUUCCCAACAGGCUGCAGGAUGAGAAAACACAGGCGAGGUGCAGGUUGUUGUCACAUAUACAUUCUGUUUUUCAUUCUGUUGGGGGUGUGGACCAGCAGCUUUGUAUGAGAAAUCUCUGUGGAUUUGGUCUAUAAUACAAAGACAAUAAGUGUAUUCAAUUUUCUUGACAUUUCAGUUGUCUAGAAAGGUGAAAGUAGCUUUAGUAUGAGUAAUUAUAUAUGUGUCUUGAACAGAAAUUCAGAUUCUACAAACAAUUUAGUGUCUGACAGGCCAAUAUACAUUUUAAGUCAUUCCACUUUAUUUUGUGAUAAAGCAGACUAGGAAAUUAAAACUUAAACCUUUGAAUUAAACUUGGUUAAUUCAAGUUUACAGUCUUUUAUACAGCCCUAAAAAUUGCCUUUGUUUGGCUGAUCAACUAUCAAUAUAAUACCAGAGGCAACGUCACACUGUGUGUAUGCGAGAGCAGUCAGCAUUACACAGGUUUGCAGUGGAAAAGAGCAAUACUAUUAUGCCAGUGCAAACAAAACAGAUUAGACAUUGUAAACUGUCUUCAGCUUCUUAGAGUAACGUGAUUAAUAAGCACAAUUAGCACAAAGUUGUUACAGCAACCUCUUAGCGAUCACUAAUCUAAUGUUUAAGCCGUCAGCGGUGGCAUCACAGCACCAUGUCAUUCUUGAAGACCCUAAAGUGUUCUUGAUCAAGACUGCCAACUUUUGGGGCAACUGUGAUAAAUCUGACAUGUCUCUCCUCUGAUCCUCCUGAUGAGCUCUUUGAAGCACUGUCAGCCUAUAUCAGCAGUGAUUUCUGCUGGAAAUCUGACACCAGGAAAAGCAGUUUGGGUUGGGUCAGUGGUGAGGUUGGUGGAGAGGUUAUUGUCCUCAGACUCAAUCCACAGCUAAGGCCACAUGACAGGGGGGAGAGGGGGGAGCACCAUUUUGCCCAGUGGAUUUGGGGGAAGGGGCUCACUGCAUUAGAUGAUCAACUAUUUUCCUUUCCACAGAGGGAAAAUUAGGCAGGAAAUGACUGUUAUUACCCUGACAUGGCUGGUGCCUAUUUGGAUAUCUGCACUGUUUUCUUGUAAUUACAAUAAACAUGCCAUAUA